AUCAAUUAGCUCCCUGCCAGGAAGUCCUUUCUGACCUGGUUUGCCCCUCAGUCGCUCAGGCUCGGACCUAGUGCCUGCGGCAGGACAGCCAUGGCCACCAACUCCACCAGCGACCUCCAUGCUCCAGGGACGCAGCUGAGCGUGGCUGACAUUAUUGUCAUCACCGUGUAUUUUGCUCUGAAUGUGGCCGUGGGCAUAUGGUCCUCUUGUCGGGCCAGCAGGAACACGGUGAAUGGCUACUUCCUAGCAGGCCGGGACAUGACGUGGUGGCCGAUCGGAGCCUCCCUCUUCGCCAGCAGCGAGGGCUCUGGCCUCUUCAUUGGACUGGCGGGCUCAGGCGCAGCAGGAGGUCUGGCCGUGGCAGGCUUCGAGUGGAAUGCCACGUAUGUGCUGCUGGCACUGGCGUGGGUGUUCGUGCCCAUCUACAUCUCCUCAGAGAUCGUCACCUUACCUGAGUACAUUCAGAAGCGCUAUGGAGGCCAGCGGAUCCGCAUGUACCUGUCUGUCCUGUCCCUGCUACUGUCUGUCUUCACCAAGAUAUCGCUGGACCUGUAUGCGGGGGCUCUGUUUGUGCACAUCUGCCUGGGCUGGAACUUCUACCUCUCCACCAUCCUCACGCUCGGCAUCACGGCCCUGUACACCAUCGCAGGGGGCCUGGCCGCUGUAAUCUACACGGAUGCCCUGCAGACGCUCAUCAUGGUGGUGGGGGCUGUCAUCCUGACAAUCAAAGCUUUCGACCAGAUCGGCGGUUACGGGCAGCUGGAGGCAGCCUAUGCCCGGGCCAUUCCCUCCAGGACCAUUGCCAACACCACCUGCCACCUGCCGCGUGCAGACGCCAUGCACAUGUUUCGAGACCCCCACACAGGGGACCUGCCGUGGACUGGGAUGACCUUUGGCCUGACCAUCAUGGCCACCUGGUACUGGUGCACCGACCAGGUCAUCGUGCAGCGGUCACUGUCAGCCCGGGACCUGAACCAUGCCAAGGCGGGCUCCAUCCUGGCCAGCUACCUCAAGAUGCUCCCCAUGGGCCUGAUCAUCAUGCCGGGCAUGAUUAGCCGCGCACUGUUCCCAGAUGACGUGGGCUGCGUGGUGCCAUCCGAGUGCCUGCGGGCCUGCGGGGCCGAGGUCGGCUGCUCCAACAUCGCCUACCCCAAGCUGGUCAUGGAACUGAUGCCCAUCGGUCUUCGGGGGCUGAUGAUCGCAGUGAUGCUGGCCGCGCUUAUGUCGUCGCUGACCUCCAUCUUCAACAGCAGCAGCACCCUCUUCACUAUGGACAUCUGGAGGCGGCUGCGGCCCCGCUCCGGCGAGCGAGAGCUGCUGCUGGUGGGACGGCUGGUCAUAGUGGCGCUCAUCGGCGUGAGUGUGGCCUGGAUCCCCGUCCUGCAGGGCUCCAACAGCGGGCAACUCUUCAUAUACAUGCAGUCAGUGACCAGCUCCCUGGCCCCACCAGUGACUGCAGUCUUUGUCCUGGGCAUCUUCUGGCGACGUGCCAACGAGCAGGGGGCCUUCUGGGGCCUGAUAGCAGGGCUGGUGGUGGGGGCCACGAGGCUGGUCCUGGAAUUCCUGAACCCAGCCCCGCCCUGCGGAGAGCCAGACACGCGGCCGGCCAUCCUGGGGAGCAUCCACUACCUGCACUUCGCUGUUGCCCUCUUCGUACUCAGCGGUGCUGUUGUGGUGGCUGGAAGCCUGCUGACCCCACCCCCACAGGGUGUCCAGAUUGAGAACCUUACCUGGUGGACCCUGGCUCGGGAUCUGCCCUUGGGAACCAAAGCAGGUGAUGGCCAAAUGCCCCAGAAACACGCUUUCUGGGCCCGUGUCUGUGGCUUCAAUGCCAUCCUCCUCAUGUGUGUCAACAUCUUCUUGUACGCCUACUUCGCCUGACACUGCCGCUCUGGGCAGGAAGGCAGGAGCUCCGAGUCCUCAGGUCCACCCUUUUCCCUCAUGGGGAUCCCGAGGCCCCAAGAGGGGCAGAUUCCCCUCACGGCUGCACAGCGGCUCAGUGCCCAAGAACUGGCCAAGCCAGCAAAGCAGGAGCCCUGAAAACUUAGGGGGGAAAUGGGAGAAAAACAUGUGACAUUUCAAAAACAGCGCCAAAGCAGUCAUCAUUGGAAAGAAAAUUAGAUUUCUGAUGGACAUCCUGAUGUUGGUUUUACUGUCUUUGUUCUGAAUACACAGGCCAGGUCAGGAGCAGUGAGAUUUGCUAGCACUCAGGGCUGUAGGGUCUUGGGCCAUCUCUGGAUAAAGGGAGAGCCCCACAUGCCCAGAACAAGGCCUCCCAUUAAGGGACUGUAGCCACCUCCAGGGGCUCCUCCCUCCACCCACCUGCUCCCAAAUGCCAGAGGGAGCCUCCUUGCCCUCCCUCCCUGCCCACUAUCGCCUCAACCAUCAGCCUGGCAUUCAAAGCUUUCCAAGUCCCACCUCACUUUUCCCGCUCCCAAAGGUGCCCAGGCUCUGGGCAGGCCCUGCUCAUAUCCCUGAUGGUGGCACAUUCUCUGGAGGACCCUCCUGUUCUCAGGUAGGGGCCAUGCCCCACCUAGGUAGCUGUCCCAUUGGGAUCCUGUAGGAUCUCUAAAACCCAGCUCUGGCACCAACUUUCUGUCUGGCCUGGAGGUUUCUCAGCCUCCUGAGAGCUCUCCUGGCCCCUGGUCUGGGCAGAACCUGGGCCUAAACAAACAAGAGCCAGGGCAGCCAGGGUCUCUGCGUGGCUGGGCCCAGGGCUUGCCCUCAGAGCUCACCUGUCCAACAGGAGAGGAGUGUGCCUCCACCUUCCCUACUGCCAGCCCCUUUUUCAGGGUCUCAGGGCCUCUAGUCCUGUGGUGGGGCACAGGUGUUGGGUGCCCCAGGUGGAGUUGAAGUCAUGGGGCUGUUGAGGAGUGGUGUCCACCUGGAGUCUGUCCAGUGAGUUUAGGUCAACAGGUGUGCAGUCUGUCCUUCCAGGUUGAACCACCUCCCAACAGCUCGUACAACUCGAGGGGCCUUUUGAGGGAGGGGCAGGCAGGCCCAGUGGGUGGUCAGC